AUGAUGUCAGGUGUUAGCAAUGAUGCCAUCCUCGACCACUUGGCAGAGCAGCAUCCGGAGCUUCCCUGGGCAGUGCAUGAGGAUCUCUGUGCGGAGGUUCAGCAGCUCCUAGCGACGAUGGUCUCGGAGAAGGCCGAGAGGCUACGCUCUAACCUGCAGAGCAAGCAGAAGCGGCAGUUUGAACAGGCUGGCCGGCUGGUGCAAGAGCGGUAUGAGAAGUUGGUUCUGGGCCUUCGCGCAUUGGACGCGGCCAAUCAGAAGCAGGACUCUCCAUUGUACCAGCAGCUGGUCCGAGAUGUGGUCGCUGAGCCUUUCCACGCGAUGCUCGCACUUAGACUUCAAGAGGCCACUGGAACGGCUGUGGAGGUGACGGCCGCCAACCGGAAGUCAUGCAUGGAGAAGCUCUCGGAGGCGGAGAAGAAGCCACCGCAGUCGCUCCAAAGGCUCCUGGCGGCCUUGAAAAAAGACUACAAGGAGAGCAAUCAGACCAAAAAGACUAAAGAGGGCAAAGAUGGCGAAGAUGGCAAAGAGAAAGAGAAGGUGCAGAAAGGUGACGCCAGAGACAUCUCCGAGCUCUACCAUGCUGCCGCCGACGAUAGCCACAUUUAUUGCCGCAAAGUCGACAAGAAGAGGGAGAAGGCGGCAGCGGAAGAGCAGCGCGCGGCUCUGAAAGAACGGUUGAAGGAUGCCGACGCAGCUUCUGACGCUGUGAUGGUCUGCCAUUUGGGACUGCAAUUGGCUUUGAGUGCUGAAGGAGUCUCUUGUUUGGUUCUCCCCAGCGAAGUGUGGGCCCUGCGGCUGGCCGCAGGGAUCCUGAAGGACGAGGAGGUCCAAGACCUGUGCUUGCGCCUGUGCGACCUUUGUGAUGAGUCAGGCCGAGCGGACCGGAGGAUGGGCCAAUCUCCCUGCAGCCGCUGUGAAGAAGAUGAUGGGGACUCCACCAAUCGAGAGCCACCCAUGUCGACGGCCGAACGGCAGCGCUAUGAGGAAGAGUUCGAGAGGCACGUACAGGCAGUUCUGCGGCAAGGGGCUAAAGAGGUCUGGUGCUCGCAGUGCGGGAUACGUCUCCAGAAGUGGAACCUCGACCCUUUGCCCCAGCUGCCGCACGUAGGGAACCGUGCCGUCUCGCUCCGAAGUGGCUCUCUUCGAGGACGCCCUUCUCAAAGCGAUUCGCGCCAAGGUUCUCAUGCCUCUGGUCCUUUUGAGUCCUUCACAGGCGUCCAAAGCUCCGCGAAGCAGGUCAUCUCAGGAGACCCACUGGUGCUGGCCAAAAAAGGCCGAAAGCCUACAAGGCCUCGUCCUCGGCCCAAGCCGAGGGAAGGCCGGAGUGGAACUUCCCGAGGUGAGGUCAAUCCUUCCCGAGUGCGGGUGAUGUCAGCUUCGAGCGGCUGGUGCAGGGGCAGGCCGUCGCCAGAAACCAAGGAUGGCCAUUUGGCCGGACUUUUGACUCGCGCCCUUGGCCAAGCUUUGCAAAGAGGCUCGGGGACUUGGCUUGACGUGGGGCCGUUGCAGUGCACCGUGCGGGAGUGCUGCCGCGAUGCUCACAGGGAGCUCGCACGGGGGGAGCUGCAGAAGCGCGAGACGCUGCAGUGCUUAGGUCUGUGUGCAGAGCUUCUGGAUGAGAUAGCAACCUCGGCGUGUGAGGCUCUUCGCUUGCAGAACAUCGUGCAGAACGCCGAACGACGGGGCUGGUUCUAUGCUGAAGAUGAGGCUGCUCUUCGUGCAGAGCGUCAGCUGGUACGCAUCGAAGCGUCCCAUCAAGAGCUUGGGCAAGCUUUGGCGAAGGCUUUGGAAAACCUGGGCGUCGGCCGAAGUCCCUGCUGCGAUGAAGGCCAUGCCAUGGAUGCCAUUCCACUGCCAAGCCUCCGCCAGAAGUUUGAACGUUGCAUGAACUGUGGCCGGGAAAGCGAAGACUUCCUGCAAAAGACCGGUCUUGAAGCUCAUCGGGAACCAUGGUGGAAAUGUCGCAAGUGUUGCACCAAAGGACACAAGGCCUUUUAUUGCUUUCAAUGCGGGCGAGAUGUGCAUGGAAGCUCCUCGUGCGCUCUACUGGCAAACCUGGUGCCAACAGUCAACUGGAGGGCUUGCAUGAAGCGGUCUAAGAGCAGGUUGCCAGGGGGGCAAGGUUUCACCGUCAAUGGCAUUAAGGACAAAGCGACGCCACAAAGCCCAGUUCUUAGUCGCCCUGUAUCCUUCGUGCCAGCAGAGCUCUUCCAAAAGAUGCCACAGCAGGAACAGGGGCAAGAACAGAGCCAGGGCGAUCAGCAACGACAGAACAGGCAGGAGAUACAGCUCCCAAGGCCGUUGGAUCCCCCAGCCUGUUCGUUCGGCGAAAGCAAGCCGAGCUCGGCGCCGGAUGCAGACAUCUCUGCGCACGGUGCUCGUUUGGGCGCGCCGAGUCCGCGAAGUGAACACACUUGUGGACCAUCGAGGAGCUUUGUGGCGACCAUCUUCGACCCGGAUGGGAUGGAUGGCCAGGGUUUCUUCACCUUCUUGACUCAAGAUGACGCAUCCGUGGUGAGCACUUGGUCGGAGAAGAGCGAGAAAGGAGGCAUUUUCCAAGGGAUGGCUCUGUCAGUGAAGGAGAUUUGGAGCCCACCCAUCGAUCGGAGCGACGUGCUGCUCGAGACGCGCGCGGACGCCGUUGAAGCACCGCAGGUCACGUGGCCGCGCGAGCCAUCGACGGAGGGGCCGCGCGAGCCAGACCGGAUCAUCACCAGGCGCCCGAAACUCCCCAUCAGCCCUGGCUUGGAGAACGUCCUCCUCGCCCAAGGAGGCGAGACGAACCUCACGCCAGACCUCUCCGCACGCGCGAAGCAGCGGGCGAUCAGCACAAGGCGCACAACAGAGGCCGCUGAGGCGGACGACAUCGCCAAGGAGCUGGUUGCGAGGCCACACACGGCGCCGCGGAGCGGUGCGAAGCCUCGCGCCUAUGUGGUAGCGCCCCAGGAGAUGUUCCAGGGUUCGUUGCAGGCCAUGGAUGUUCCGAUUUGGGAGCAGGUGGUAUCCAAGUGGCGACAAAGAAUCAACAUGGCUGAGAAAACAGGACACACUGAGACGCCCAUCCCUGCAGCACCUGUCAGAGCUACACCGCCACUACAGUUGCCCCCAAGGCUGAGGGAUUUGGAAUCGCCUGUGAAGAAAAGAUCAACCUUGGAUCUCCCAAAAGUGAAAUGCAGUCCAGACAAGAUCGUCCAAGUGAUUUAAAAUCACUGGCCUCCACCGGCUCCACGUCCAAGCGACCUUCUCCUUGCCCAAGGAGCUCGGCGUGCGCCGAUUCUGGGCCCGAAGACCCCACGAGUGGCUACGAGGAGAAACGCCCUGGGUGGAUCCUGAUGAUGUCUUGGAAUAUUACUUCAGCUGAAGAACGUGACCGAAACGAAGGGUGGAUCCUUCCGAUGUGACCGCCUUGGUCGGAGGUGCUUCACGUUCGAGGUGAUCUACAGUCUACAGCCUACAGCGAGGUGCUUUCCCUUGUGCAUGGAUCAAUCAGACGGGCUUGGAGAUGCUGGACACCCGCGGGUUCCGCUGUUUUGACACUCGCGGAACGUGUCAAGGUCUCAAGGCGUCGGAGCUCGACUGAGGACUGAGGAUGGAGGAAGCAAACGCACCGGGGAAGGGAACUUCAUUGCUACAUUUGCGAUGGCCUUCAACCUAACGAGAAAUCAGAAUUUCAUGAGAUCAUCAGAAAAGCUCUAUGACUCUAUGAAGCGAGGAAAAGAAACGGGCCAGCGUGCAAAGCAAGUUUGCCCCGUGUCACCAUCACCCCUUGUAAUUUGCCACGGUCAAGCCGUCGUGCGAAAAAGACAGGCCAC